GCGAAAUAGUUUUCAUUAUAUUGUUUUUCGAUCUUUACUAAUUUAAUGCAGUUCACACAAUAUAUAAUAAAAAAGUAAAUAAUCUUCCAUAAAUUGUUAACUAUUGUAACCUUGCGAUAACGAAAAUGUCUUUCAAAAGGGUCAUGUCAAGCUCCUCAGGAGAUUCCAUACACCAACACUCAAACAUCUCAUUACAAAAAGUGAUGAGAGAAAUCUCUUAUAGCGACAUAAGAGAUAAAAGAACACACAUUGUUUGUACAAUGGGACCCGCUUGUGGAAAUGUAGAAACAAUCGUGAAGAUGAUCAAAUCAGGAAUGAACAUUUGCCGAUUCAACUUCUCACACGGGAACCAUGAAACUCACACUAAAACGCUGAAUUUGGUCAAGGAGGCCUUAAAGUCUGUACCAGAGGCUAACAUUGGACUUAUGUUGGAUACCAAGGGGCCUGAAAUCAGGACUGGAUUCCUUAAAAAUCAUACUCCAAUUACCCUGGAGGCAGGAAAAACCCUGAAAAUCACAACAGACUACACAAUUGAAGGUGAUGAGAGCAUCAUUUCAUGUUCAUACAAGAAAUUGCCUCAGUCUGUAAAGGUUGGAAAUAUCAUCCUAAUUGCUGACGGAUCACUUUCAUGCGAGGUUCUAGCCGUGUUCGACGAUUACAUUGAGGUCAAAGUUCUCAACAACGCUAAGAUAGGAGAGUACAAGAACAUGAACCUGCCAGGCGUCAAGGUUGAGCUACCAGUGCUAACUGAUAGUGACAAGGACUACAUUCUCAACUUUGGAAUCCCAAACCAGAUGGAUUUCAUUGCACUCUCAUUCACUCAGACCGCCGACGAGGUAAGGUAUGUGAGAGAGUUGCUGGGAGAAAAGGGGAAACACAUUAAAAUCAUCCCCAAAAUCGAAAACAUUGAAGGACUAGCAAACUAUGAUGAAAUUCUUGAAGCUUCAGAUGGAAUCAUGGUAGCCCGUGGUGACUUGGGUAUGGAAAUGCCAAUUGAAAAAGUUUGCCUAGCACAAAAAAUGAUGAUCAAAAGGGCGAAUAUGUGCGGGAAGCCGAUAAUAACAGCAACACAAAUGUUAGAAUCGAUGGUAAAUAACCCGAGACCAACAAGAGCAGAGUCAGCAGAUGUCAUUAACGCAGUAUUGGAUGGGUCAGAUUGUGUGAUGUUGUCAGGAGAAACAGCAGGAGGAAAGUUCCCAGUCGAGUGUGUUAAAAUAAUGGCGAAACUGUGCUUUGAGGCAGAAAAUUGCCUCUCAACAAGAGAUUUGAUGGCUGAAAGUUUGUUGCUGAACUCCUCUCAGUUCACAGUACAGGAAUCCAUUGCAAGAUCAGCAGUGUUUCUGUCAAUAGAUAUUGAGGCAAAGAUGAUCUUGGUGUUCACACAAACAGGAAGAGCAAGCCGUCUGGUGUCAAAAUAUAGGCCCAGAUGCUUGAUACUCUCACUGUCUGAGGACAUACACGUCGUCAAGUCGCUGAGCAUUAGCAGAGCUGUGAUUUCAGUACUUGUUGACAGCCUGGAAGACACGGAUAAGAAUGUAGAACGCGCAAUCAACCAUGCGAAACUGAGAGAUAUGUUACGCAAGGAUGAUUUAAUUGUAGUUGUGCACGGAGCCAGGGAAAAUGUGUCGGGGUCAUCAGACCUCAUUAAAGUUGUAAAAAUCCCUUAGAUUAAUGUAUUUAUAGAUUCA